AUGGGAAUCAUAAGCGAUUUUUUCGAAGGAGCCUCCCAAUUCGUCCAGUCCGAGGUUUUCGGAACUGUUGUUGUCGUUGCUGGGUGUGCUCUUGGCGCGUACACGAUUUACAUAGUCGGCGGCGUCGUUAUCGCAGCCAUAGAGAGUAUGACCGCAGCAGGCUGUAUCGAGUUCCUGUUUCAGGCGGGAAUCAUCACUCUUCAAGUCAAAAAGAGCACUUGUCCUUAG